GUCGUCCUUCAAAAUAUCAUCUAAGUCACAAUAAUCCUUCUGAGCAUAGAGUGGGGUCAGGGAGCGAGAGUUAGCCCCGAAUCAUGGGUGUGAGAUAGCAACAUACACAUUCGUACGUUGUGGCGGGAGUUCGAAAAUACCGAUUCUACAACCUUGCACUAUCGAGCAUUGUGUGGAUGUGCUUGAUCCCUUCCCAUUCCGCUCUUGCGCAAUAGCGCCGCUAUGGCAAAGAAGAAGGCCAACAAGGCAGAGACAAAAGCCCAGAAACAAGCAAAGCAAACCAAGAAAGCGGCCAAAGGCGAUAAGAAAAACAAAGCCAAGGCCGCAGCAUUAGACGACUCCGACGUUGACGAUGUUGACCUCGACGCAGUGUUGGCGGCGUAUGCCGAAGAGCAAACCAAGUAUUUGAAAAUCACCGAACAGAUCUGUGGUCCGCCCGGUCCGAGGUCUUCAAGCACACUUGUGGCGUCACCGUCAAACCGCAACGAACUCUUCUUGUAUGGCGGCGAGUUUCACGACGGCAAUGCGGCAUCGUUCUACAACGACCUCUUCGUCUAUCUGAUCGACAGAGGUGAGUGGCACCAAGUGAUAUCCGGCAACAGUCCUCUCCCUCGAAGUGGUCACGCUGCCUGUCGCGGAGGAAACACUGGAGGCAUAUACAUUUCAGGGGGUGAAUUCUCCUCGCCCAAGCAGAAUCAAUUCUACCAUUACCACGACUUCUGGCAUUUUGACACGGAGACUCGGGAGUGGACCAAGUUGGAGCCGCGAGGAAAGGGUAAGAGCCCUCCAGCACGGAGUGGCCAUCGAAUGACUUACUUCAAGAACUACAUUGUUCUUUUUGGAGGGUUUCAGGAUACCUCCCAGCAGACCAAGUAUCUCAACGACACAUGGAUCUACGAUUGCAAGGAAAAUGUCUGGCACGAGGUGAAGAUGCCACCAGCAUCACAAAAACCCGAUCCUCGGUCUUCAUUCACAUUUCUCCCCCACGAGUCCGGUGCGGUCUUGUAUGGAGGCUAUUCGCGAGUGAAAGCGGCCUCAACAAGCGGCAAGCAAGGCAAGGGUAGUGGGCCCCUGGUCCGAAAUGUUGUCAAACCGGUCGUACAUCAAGACACGUGGUUUCUAAGGAUAACAGCACCACCAGCCGACGCUCCUAGCGGGAGUGCUCCAACACUUCGCUGGGAACGUCGCAAGAAGCCAGCAAACGCACCUAACCCGGUUCGCGCAGGCGCCACGAUGGCCUUCCAUAAAGGCCGAGGCGUCACUUUCGGUGGCGUCCACGAUGUUGAGGACAGUGAAGAGGGCAUUGACAGCGAGUUCUUCAACGAGAUGUUCAUCUGGAACAUCGAUCGAAAUCGGUUCUUCCCCCUCACCUUGAGGCGGCCGAAAACCGGAGCCAAGAAACAGGUCCAGCCUCGCGGUCGUGACCGAGCAAAGGCGGACGAAGAAGAGCUCUUGCGAAAUCUUGCAGCUUUGGAGACCAAAGGAUCUGGCGCUGCGAUCGAAGAACUGAAAAUCGACGAUGUUGACGAUCGCGACGACGAGUCUCAGUCGACAAAGAAAGAGUUUCCUGUGCGCUUCGAGAUGCCUCAUCCUCGCUUCAACGCGCAAUUGACUGUACAAGAUGAUGUUCUGUACAUGUUCGGCGGCACAUUUGAGAAGAAAGACGUCGAGAUCACCUUCUCAGACCUCUAUGCCGUCGACCUUGGGAAGCUGGACGGCGUGAAGGAGCUUUAUUAUGUCGAGCCUGUCAACUGGGAUGUUACCGACCAAGACAGCGACGAGGACAUGGAUGAAGAUGAAGACGAUUACGAGGAUUCGGAGAUGGACACGGACGAAGAAGACAACGACACCAUGUCGGUGGACGCACCUUCGACGGCGCCCACGGAGGUUAUCGUCCCAACGGCGGAAGCCGAGACGGCCACAGAGACCGAGCCGGAGACGAGCGCCGAGCAGGAUUCGCGGCCCUUCCCACGCCCAUUCGAAUCACUGCGUGACUUUUAUGCACGCACGUCGGAAGAAUGGCAAAAGCUCGUGAUCGAGUCGAGAAGCGCCAGGUCGUCCGCAUCAGCAGAGCAGUCGGUAAAAGAAAUACGGAAAGCUGCGUUCGAGCAAGCUGAAGAGAGAUGGUGGGAUUGCAGGGAAGAGAUCCGCAAUCUGGAAGAUGAACAGGAAGCUGCUGGUAUUGGGGAGGUCAUCAGCAUGGCUGAUCGUGGCGCUGAUGCUGGAGGUGCCCGUCGACGCUGAGAACAGAUUAAAGCGCCAUGU